UUCCAGUAAAUAUAGGAACGUCUGAAAAAAAAAAAAAAAAAAAAGCAGCAUAGUAUCAAAGUAUGUAGAUCUAAGGCCCAAAGAAGAGAUUUUUAAGCUGUUGUGGUUUUGACAGGGGAAAAUGUGAUGCAUCAUAAAAUGUGUGUAAUAUAUGUAGAUUUAUAAGUGGAACAUUGUUACGACGAAUGUAGGAAUGAUAAAGUUGAGAUGAAAAGAGAAAUUAUUUAGCUGAGUUUGCUUUUGGCAUCAGUAUGACAGAAAGUUCGUAUGCAAGAAGUAUCAACCUUCCAAAUGAACAGAUUUUCAGAAACUUGAACAAUGCACGAUGUCUAGCCAUAGAUAUCGGUGGCUCAUUAGCCAAAUUAGCGUACUGCUCCAGAAUCCACAGAAGAAUGUCACAGGUUCUGGACAGAAAUGAAACAACAGAUGGCAGUCCUGGCCAGCACAUUUAUGAAGUCUGUGAGGAGGAUGAGUACAUAGACAGACUCCAUUUUGUGAAGUUUGAGACAAAGUUCAUAGAAUCUUGUCUAGAUUUUAUCGAACAAAAGCUGGGAGAGUCUCUCAAGCAGAACAAAACAAUCCAUGUUACAGGCGGAGGAGCUCACAAAUACAGGGACCUCCUGGCUUCUAAACUAGGAGUCAUGGUUGAAAAAGAGGAUGAAAUGUCCUGUUUGAUUGAGGGUUGUAACUUCCUGUUAAAGAACAUUCCCGAUGAGGCCUUCAUGUACCAGAGACAUGCAGAGCCAGAGUACAAGUUCCAGGGAGUUAGCAGGGAUAUAUUCCCUUACCUUCUGGUGAACAUAGGGUCAGGGGUCAGUCUUAUCAAGGUUGAAUCGGAGGACACAUAUCAGAGAAUUGGCGGCACCUCCACGGGGGGAGGCACAUUUUGGGGACUGGGAUCACUCCUAACCAAAGCUAAGACGUUUGAUGAACUGUUGGAGCUAGCUGAGCAGGGAGAUCAUAGGGAAGUGGACAUGUUGGUGAAGGACAUUUACGGCGGGGCAUACUCCUCAAUAGGUCUGUCAGGGGACAUAAUAGCCAGCAGUUUUGGAAAAGCAGCCAGAUCACCAAAAAAGUCAGCAGACACAGACACCCAUUUUAAGGAGGAAGAUCUAGCACGGAGUCUUCUGCUCUCCACCAGUAAUGAUAUUGGACAAAUAGCCUACCUACAGGCUAAACUACAUCACCUGAAUAAGAUAUACUUUGGAGGUUACUUUAUUAGAGGACAUCCUAUUACUAUGCACACAAUAACUUAUGCCAUUAACUACUGGUCAAAGGGAGAGAUAAAAGCAUUGUUUCUUCGUCAUGAAGGAUAUCUUGGUGCUAUUGGGGCCUUCAUCAAAGGAGCAAAGGAGGAUGACACCAGGGGUUUUACUUGGGGAGAGAAUUUGGCAGGUAGUUCUGGACUUGGUAGCUACAAUAAAAAUCAUCCCUGGCGAGACAAGCGAAACAGAAGUUCUACAUUUGAGAUGCUGGAAUUGAACCAGUUAGAUCGCGCUCUCCUGCCCUGCCCUCUGUUACUGGACCAGCAGAGCUAUCUACCGGACACCGUAGAACUGACAGAGGAUGGCAGUGCUCGAGAGUACUGGCUGGAUUGCUUCAUGAAAGGCGUUGAUAAGACAAAAGAACAGGCCAUUAGAAGCCAACAUAAUCUUCCAGAUGCCAAAGAGCGAGCAGAAAAAUUCAAAACUAAAUACAUAGAGAGACUGACAGAGCUAAAGGAAAAUCCAUGUGCCUAUGGAUCCCUCACUGUUAGAAGUCUCUUGGACACCAGCAGUCAUUACCUCCAAGAAUUCAUGUUCACUGAUCCUUAUCUACAGUUAAAACAAACUGAAAAUGAGCAAUCUUUGAAAUGCCUGGCGGAGUACUUACAGGAACUGGACAGAAUGGAGUUUGAAAAAAGACAGCUUGCACUAGCUGAGGGAAUGCUAGCUGGCAAUGUGUUUGAUUGGGGAGCAAGGGAGGUCACUCAGAUAAUGGAAACUCAGACCUUCGGUUUCAAAGAAGCUACUGAAAGACUUCAAGAACGUCCUUGGUUGUUUGACGAGUUUGAUGCCUGGCUGAACCGCCUUCAGAGAAAACCCCACAAAUGUGCAGCCAUUUUUGUAGAUAACAGUGGAGCUGAUAUCAUCCUAGGAAUUUUCCCCUUUGUGAGAGAUUUACUAUCUAGAGGAACAAAGGUGAUAAUGUGUGCCAAUAGUCGGCCAGCAUUAAAUGAUGUCAUGUAUAGCGAACUCUCUAUACUUGUCAAACGGGUAGCGGAGAUUGACGAACAAAUUAAUAAAUCUCUGUUAGAAAAUCGACUGAUGGUUAUGGAAACGGGACAAGGAUCACCAUGUUUGGACUUAAGAUUAAUUGACUGUCAGCUUGUGGAUGUAAUGAAUAGAGAGGGCACAGAUUUAAUUGUCAUCGAAGGCAUGGGACGGGCAAUUCACACCAACUUCGACGCUUGUUUCUCAUGUGAAGUCCUGAAGGUUGCUGUGAUAAAAAAUCGAUGGCUGGCAAAUAGACUUGGUGGUGAUAUGUUCAGUGUUAUGUUCAAAUAUGAAGCAUCUAGAAAAGUGUUUGCUGGGACUACAUGAUAUUUACUGAGUGGUUGUUAUAUAUAUAUGGGGGGGCCCUGAUGCACAAACCAAAAUUGUUUUAUUUGAAACUUAUGCUUGACAUGUUACUCAAGUAAUAAUAAAAUGAUGUAGCCAAAUUAAAGAUAGGUUAUCUAUGCUGAUUUUCUAGAAGAAGAAAAAAUCUUUUAAAAUUCUAAUUUAUUUGAAAGAAGUGUAUUAAAGUUUCCAACAGGAUUUGUACCCCCUCUAAUGUAAAAUUCUCCAUCAUUUCCGAUCGUUGGUUGAUAACAUCUUUUGACUACCAAUUUGUAUUCCCACUACGCAUUUUAAAAAACUACCAUAGCACAAUGAAAUGUGAAUUAUUUUUGUGUGGAGGGAAAUUGAUUUCUCUCAUUCAUAGAAACGCAGUAAGUAACUUGAAACAUAAACAAGAAAUAUGUGAUUUGAUGAUGAACAUCAGGAGACAAUAAUUGUUUCCAACAUUUUAGAUGUAAUACUUAAAUCCUAUUAGAACUCUUAUUAUUUUGUUUUUGAUGGAGAAAGAAUGCUAUUUUAUAGCUUGCAUUAAUCAUUUAUGCUAUUUUACAGUUUGAUUAGUUGUUAUAUGAUCCAAAUUUUGUUCCCAACAGAUUUAUUUACACACGGUUAUCUAUUGCUUUCUUUACGCAUCUUUGAACUGCAUAUUGUCCCAGACUGCUAUUAAAAAAUUGAAUAUAUUUUUUAUCCAGUUGCCUAAUUGACACACUUCAGGGCUUGUUAUAUUAAGGAUGUGUAUACAUGUACUUUUAAUGAUUAAUUAUACCCAGAGACAGAAAUGUCCUGACAAAAAAUUAAUAUGAAAUACUUAAGAAAAAGUUUUUAACAUAGCAAAUAUUGUUGCUGCAUGUACAUGUAUGUGUUUUAUCAAUUUUAGUUUUAAUACUUUUAAUUCUUUUGAGUUUUUAAAAAAUGGCAGGUUUAUACAAAUUUUUGAGAAUGCUCAAGUUUCUGUGAUACAUAAAAAUACCAAUGUAUGUGUUCAUUGUCUUGUGUCAUAUUUUAUGUCAUGGAGAAUUGUAAAUAUAUUUAUUUCUGUGGAGAACAUGAUAAUAAAGGAUAUCAAGUGA